GGGUUCGAAAAAAAAUAUUGACGUCCAAAAUAAUCAGACAGUAUUGUGAGUAUAGGACAUUAGGAUGAGAGGGAGUGGUGGGUAAAGACAUACCAAAAGAGAAAGACACAGUUUGAACGGAGCCAAAGUAGCACGCUUUCAAUAUUGAUAAACUGCCGUAUAUCAAAUAUCAGCCCUGAUAUUUGGCUACAGCUGAUCUUCAGUCAACCCCUGGUUUAGCUGAUAUGGCAGGUUACGUUCCAUAAAAAUAAAAGGGAAAUGUUCCUUUAACUUCCUAAGUGCAAGAAAGUGGAGAACGAUAAUCUGAUACACUGAGAAGAAGAUCACUGCUGCAGUUUUUAAAGAGGUGUGUCAGAUAUCUUUAACAUUUUUUAAGCUUAUCACCCUGCCUAUCAGUUGGACAUCUGAAGUUUAUGUAAUCUAGGUUGAACUGGUUUGCUAGUAACUUGAUUCCUCUCAUUGACAUGGACUGCUGCUUUUUGCUCUAAAUAUAGCACAGGAGAAAAGAGUUUUGGAUGACUGUCAUUCUUGAGCACAUGUGAUAACUGCUUCCUUUCAUAAUGUGAAAUAAACUUUAUGGAGUUACUUGUUCAGGAAAUGGAGGCUUUCCUUGUUUUUCUCCUUGGAAACUCACAUUGUGAUGCUCCCUUUGUAUUUAAAAGUCACUGUAUGCUUGAACUCCUGUGUUGUAUUUGUAACACAUAAUAAAGCAGUCGCAGCCACAGCUUUACACUGGCCAGUGAGGCAGAGCUGCUGCAGCUGUGCUCACAGGCAGUGACUGUAAGAGCUUUGAUAGAGAAAUGAGCAGUUCAUCAUACAAACUGUCUGAUCACCUCCUCUUUCUGGUAUACUUGCUGAGGUUUCCUGAACCUGUGGUAUGUUACAGCUCGACUGUAAGAAGAUAAUAAAUGUUUCUAUGGAUCAGGGGAUAUAAAUCAUAUUGCUGAGUAUGCAGAGAGGAAACUCCAAAGGAGCACAAGAAAAAAUUACCACAGUCUUCCCCUGGGUCACUGUCAGGCAGGAGGCCAGUAUUUCUUUUGGACUCCUCCAGACUUUGACAUAUUUGUGUGAUCGUUUCAGGCAUUAGACUCACCAAGUAGCUUCAUUUAUCACAGGGGCAACAUUUCUGUAGAUGAUGUAUCUCACCAAACAUAUAUCAUGAUCAUGAUGCUCUAUAUCAAUAAACGUAUUAUUAUUAUCAUAAUGAUUAUAAUCACACUCAGGUUUCAAAAAUGUAUUGGUUAAGAUAUAGGCUAGCUGACCGUCUGCUGACUAGUUGCUAUAAGAAUGAAACUGGCACAGGCCAAGGCCAUGUCCAUAAUUUCAUUAUUAUGUUUUUGUAGCAGACUCUAGACUUCCAGUAUUUGAGCUUGUAACAUGGGAGAAAAUGGUCAACAUGUGGUUACAAUAAAGAAAUCUUCUAUGAGAAAAAGAAAAUUACUGGAAUUUACUCGGCUGGUUCUCAACUGCACCAAGUCCUGACAACACAUCACACCAAGCCUCAUCCACCUCUGCUGACUCCCAAUAAAAUCCAGUUAUAAAUCACAACUUCUCACCUGCAAAUCCAUCCAUGUACCUCUCUGACCUUCUCCACUUGUACUCCUCAUCCCAGAACUUUAGGCCUUCAGACACCGACAUGAUGUCCAUCCCAAACACCAGACUUCAUACAUAUGGACACAGGGUCCAUCAGAUAGCCACUAUGUUUAAAAAACUACAAGAGUGCAACAGUCUUUAAUGAUCUACCACUUCCUAACACUCAGUAUAUUUAGGUCGAGCUAUCGUCAUAGCUUGAUCUAAUGUCUUUGUCUGAGUUCACAAGCACCAGGCAAAAAUCAAAAAGCCAAAGUAUGUCUGCCUUGCAACAUAUCCUUUUCAGCUCAUUGCCGCCAAUUGUCCUAUUUUCACUUGACCAAAACAAUUGACAAACAGGCAAAAGGCUAAUGGAUAGCAUGCACUAUGAUGAAAACACAGUCAACUUUACAGAUUUGUACUUUUCGUACCUAUGGUAGGACAGCUUUGUCCUUUUAAGUCUUGUUUUCUUCCUUUCCUCUUCUACAAUGCACUUACUCUAGUUCAAAGUCUACAAGUCUUGCAAGAACUAAAUAUACUUACAUUAUUUAUCCUGAACUCUGUCACUUUGCGAAAGAUUUUUCAAACAGUCUGAAUAAAAUAUACUAUAGAUGUAUCUCUUUUCAGAUUUCCAUAUUUUUUUGACUCUGCAGGUGAUUCCAGAUGACUUUACAACAGUUUCAACUCUAAAAUAGACCUAUUACACAUUGGGAGUAGUCAAUGGAGCCAAAUGAAAAGACUGCCACUAUUAUUCUGGAUCACAGAAAAUUACUCUCACAGUUGGCAAACAAACAUUCGGCUCAUUUUAAUUUGGGAAAGAAGAAAAACUGCCUACCAUAAUAACAGGGUCAAACACAUUGAGUAUUUAGGUUGGACUUUGUUUGUUUGGUGUCAUAUUAUUGCAGACUGGGCCUCAUGAGGGACCUAUUUUUGGCGCGAAACUGAAAUGAGGGACAUUAACUUUUACACACGUACAUACCUGUAGACUCCACACUUCUCCGUACAGCCACACUGCCAUGGUGGGGGCAUGUUAGUCCACGCAGGACCACUGUUGUGCUUUUGGAGCAGCUCUGUAGUGUCAGAAGCUUUCAUGUUUUAAGACAAAACUACUGUCCCGCUCCAUAACUCCAGAUAUCAGACCCAUUAUGUCUCCACAGCGGGCUCAGUUUGAGCGUCAGCUUGCUACGUGGCGCCUCAAUCCUCUCAAGUUACCGACAUGCGCAAGACCAAUGGGAGGAGCCGUUUUAGUGGAGGAGGCCGGGCCUUGUCUGAAACGCACACUCUGAUUGGCUGUACGUAAGGCGGCAGAAAAUUCCUGUUUGGUUGCAUCCCUUUCUCAGGGAAAGGGGGACAGAAUUACCAAAUUUGUGUAUGUGAGGAGUGUAUACUCAGUCAGGAGACCUCAGGUGCUCUUUUACAGAUUUUACCACUGGAUGUAGCUGCAACACAGAGCAGCAGAGGAGAGAAAGUGGAGGUUAGUGUCCAGUUAGAGCGGUAAAAGAGGCUUUAUAGUGUCGCCUGUUGUUUCAUUGUAGAUCCACAGGCCUGUCUGGAGACAACUGUUGUGGUCUCAUCUCUAUCAUCCCUCACUGAUGGACGUCCACGGCUUCUUCGUGUGUGCCGUGCUCCUGUGCGCUGCUGCCGUGCAAAGCAAGCCCACGUUAAGGAAAGACCGGGUCCAUCAUGAGCCAGAGCUGAGCAGACAGGGCCACGAAGACAAUAAGAGCUACCAGUACGACCAUGAGGCCUUUCUGGGCAAGGAGGAAGCCAGGACAUUUGAUCAGCUCACACCAGAAGAGAGCAAAGAUAGACUAAGGUAAGAGCAGACCUCUAUUAACUCCCUAACAUGAGCUGAUUUCUCUCAUAUCUGUGAAAAAGCAUUGGUGUUAUUGUCACAUGUUGCAGCAUGGGGUGAAUCACGCACACUCACUCCUUUGCUCCUGGAGUCUGAUGCGUGUAAUUGUGCAGGCUGAGCGCAUUAAAAUUUAACAAAUGCCUGAGAAAGACGUGCAUGCCAGCAAAGUACAAGGCCGGGUAAAAGUGGGGUGCAUUACUCCUGUUCGCACACACUCAUAUAGAGCUAAUUGCCCAGCCGAAAUCUUAAUUAUACAUCGUCAUUAAAGUAGCAUUUGGAGGCGAUGGGGUUAGAGUCAAAGUCGUGUGGGAACAGAUAGAUGUCCUGUCACUUUCUGCUGAGAGGAGACGUCAUGUGCUACGUGGUUCUGUUUGGAUGACAAGUUGGCACCAUGUAAGACAAGAAGGAAACCUCUUUCCUGUGAUGGUGCUGAGAGUGGGAGGGACCCCUAACAUCACAACGUGGCAACCCUGCUCUCAGAAUACACCACAGCUACACACACAUCCUGCAUUUUUCUGUAAAUGGGUUUGCUUGCUCCUCCUACUUAAGUAUUCUCAUUGAAAUUACAUUCCCUUGGGCUGAAAACACGAUUUUAUCUCCACCCUGCUGAUAAUAAGUGUUCAAGCAUAUUUCGAACUCUUAUAAUAGGGGAGAGUGGGGUAAGAUGAGCCAUUUUUCAUAUUUUAGAUCACUACAUCAAGGCAAUCAUAUUUUUGUCUCUAACUAGUGUAUCUGCAUAUAUUUCAAGAUGUUGUGCAUCCCUGCAAACCAAUAGAAUGAGUGUGAACAUAACUGUCUUGAUAAUAUAGCAUGUCAAAAAAAGUGGUCUCCUAUGGUCAACUUACCCUAUGUAUGUGGUAAGUUGAGCCAUAUCCCUACUAUCCCAGCCCUCCCUCAGCUUCUCUCUACCUAAAUAACAGUCAUUUCUUCACGUUCAUGUGUAUUUUUAUCUAUCAUACACUAUUCAACUGGUACAAUCAUUCUUUUUAUUAUUGUUGCAUGUAACUGCUAAAAAGCUGUUUUGUAAAAAGCCAUACUAACAUGAGAAUGCCUUUAAGUGAUUCAGAAUAUUCACAGCUGUAUUUUUGAAAAGAAAAGGUAACACAUUUCAACAAUCUGGCUCAACUUACCCCAGAACUACUAUUAUGACUUUAUUAGUCCUCUAAGCUAAAAUGGUGGACUUUUUGUUGGUUUUUGACCUCAUGUUGUAGCUCAUAGAUACCACAACUGAUGUAUAAAACAAAUUUAAAAUGAUCUUUUUUGGUCUGAACACAAUUCUAAUGAAACUUAUGACAGACUAAAUUCACUUUCAAGAGUGAAAAGUGUUUUUUUUGUAAAUAAAUGUCUAACCCCUUCACUCAUGUGCUUCUAACCUUCACAGACUCCAUGAACUGAUGCCCAUCUCCUAAAUAUUUGGUCACAUGAUCAAUUUCUUUUACCAUUUCCAAGCAACAGGGUGUGGCUCAACUUACCCUUUGGCUCAAUGUACCCCACUCUCCCAUAGAUAUUUCUUAUCUUCUUUGAAUACAAAAAGUGCAAAUUCUAACAAUUCUGUUCCCCUGUCUUUCUCUUUCCUUGUAGUAAAAUAGUGGACCGGAUAGACAGUGAUACUGAUGGUUUCAUCACCACAGCAGAACUCAAGGCCUGGAUAAAACGUGUCCAGAAGCGUUACGUAUAUGAGAAUGUGGCGAAGGUGUGGACAGAUUACGACUUGAACAAAGACAGCAAGAUUUCAUGGGAUGAGUACAAGCAAGCUACAUAUGGAUACUACCUUGGUAUGUGUGUUUCUAACAUAAUGUGCCAUAAUUAUUUAAAUAAACAAAGUACUGAAGUGUAACAAGGUUUCAAAUGCCCCACUUAGCAAACCCGGAGGAGUUUGAGGAUGCAACAGACCAGUUCAGCUUCAAGAAGAUGCUCCCUCGUGACGAGAGGAGGUUUAAAACCGCUGAUGUGGAUGGGGACCUUGUAGCAGACAGAGAAGAGUUCACAUCCUUUCUCCACCCAGAGGAGUUUGAGCACAUGAGGGAUAUUGUGGUUCUGGUAAGCCCUCUGUAAUCACAUGGUCAUUAAGUAUGAUUAGAAAGAGGCAGAGCUGUGAAGCAAGUCUACUUUCUCAUGAAGUUUGUUCAAGGAGGGAACACAAACACAUCUGAAAAUUAGAGUUAAGUCCUCUGUUUCACCACUAAGAAAUAUGAUUAAUCAAAAGGAAAUCUCUGACUUCUGUUUCAUCAAUCUGACACAACAAGAAAUAGCUCAGAUGAAUUUUUAACUUGGGCAGGAAAUCAUUGAGUUUCAGUAUUUUUUGGAACAGGUCCAGUGGGAUGGGACCGACUGUCCCAUUUAAAACUCAAUCUUUAAAUAUAAAUUUGGCUUCAUGGAACAGUUGCGUGGCAAAUGUUAGCAGUGAUGCACUACGCCGCUCUGUUCAUAAAAGUUGUACUACCCAUUUGACAAAGUUAAUUAUUAAUCCUUCAUUUUUAUGAUGUCACUGGAUGUAACCAAAGACCUGUUCAGCCAGGGGUCCUCAGCGGUUGUGGUGAAUGUGGCUUGGGUUUAAUCAGAGGCCAUUUUCUCAAAUUAUUGAGAGGUAAGCCCUCUUUUUAUUCCAGGUCUUUCACACAUCCAUGCAGCACUGACCCAUUCAUGGCAUAAGAAAUCACGUGAGGACAAAUGGCAUAAAAACAGAGGUACUUUGCAAUGCUUUAUGCUGCAUUAUGCCUCAUAUAUUUAUUCUGAUAAGCAACUAGACCCCAUCUCAGUCAAAUUUUUACUCUUUUGAAACAUAGUUCUUCCUUUGCAAACAUAUUUAAACAAAACCCGAUCGCCACACAAUUUUUUUGUAAGUUGGUGGGACACCUCUUUCCAGAUUCUCUCAGUUAACACCUCAGCACAGUUGUUUUCCAUGGCAUAUGGCACCAUGUCUUUUCAACUAUUUCAUGGGUUGAUUGAAUGUCUGAGUUUUAUAGAAAGGUUAUUUAGAUGGACAAAAUAUCUUUCGCUUUUGAGGUAAACAAUAAAGAAGUCUCUGGACUUGUGGCUUAUUUGUCGGCCAUAUAUUUGCUUAGAUGCUGUUUAUUGUUGAAAUUCUGGUUUUAUAAAGCUGGAUUCAAACCUGCAAAGUGCAAAGAGAGCUAAUUACAUCAGUAAAAGAUUUAAAAUAUGGAAAAUCCACCGUACUUGACUCAAAAUCCAGUGCUACUGUGUAGUAUUAUUUGCAAGAGGUUGUUAGAUAAUCUACAGUACAUCAUCAUAACAGAAAUACACCAAAUGUGGUGACGACCAUGAGCAUUUUCAUACAGUAGAAAUAAACCCUCUUAUUAUUCCAUGCAUUAUCCUUCCCAUUAUACAGUGACUCAGUAAAGAAAUCAAUAAUUUGCUGCAAAAUUAAAAGAUUUACUUAAAGGCAUUUUUAAUACGUCUGCUAAUAAUAAGGAAACUGUUUUUCACCUUAUUAGUUUACUAUACAGAAAUGACAGACCAUUAAAGACCUAAAUUUGCCUUUAUUACACUUAAAAGAAUCAUUUUUGAACAAAACUUUUCUAUGUGCACUCAUGAAUAGAAGAGUGUAACUGUGAUUUGCCUCUUGACUCACGGCUUUUGAAUGUACAGGACCUCUACCGCACUCCCAAGUUACAAAGGUCUAUAGUUGUCUGUAGGUUUUAUAUUUUUAAUGAAUAUUUCUUCUUGCCAACACGCAACUUUAAGUGGGUAUAGACACAGGAUAAAUGCUCCUCUGUACUAUUAGUCAGCUAAUAGAUGAAAGAAGCUACAUGGUUAUUAAUCAUUCAGCAGUGAGGGGCUCUCACCUGCAGGAGAGGAUGCAUGCAGUGAUUUGAAUCUGUGUAGUUGCAUGCAUGUGAUAUGACCCAGAUGCAUUUCACUUACUGUACAUGUAUGUGUGUGGUUGUUAACUAAUGAUCAACUCACACGACAAGCCAUGUAGUGACCAUUUAGUCAUAUUCACACUCUGUCAAACCCAGGACGUGAAAAGCUUCACGUAGAAGGAGCUUAAAUCAUCCUGUAGAUGUGGAAGCUUUGGCUCUCAUCUGAAGGGACUCCUUUAAUGUGUGUGUGUCGGUCUGCCAGCCUAACUGUAAGCUGACCCUCAUACGUUCGCUCAUCCUGCCUGGGGCCAAUAGUUUCUCUUUUAUUACUCAGAGGGAAAGUUCAGUAUUGUUGACUGCUGUGUCUCCCUUUAAUGACAUCAUAAACUCAUUGUGAUGACAGGAAACCCUGGAGGACAUUGACAAGAAUGGGGAUGGGCAUGUGGAUGAAGAUGAGUAUAUUGGUAAGUGAAAGCAACUUAUUUAAAGUAAUUAAAUCAAAUUAGAUGAUCUUUUGAAACAAAUGAAUUCAAUCAGCGAUAGUAGCAAAAGAUAACAGCAGCGUUAGAGAUUCCUGCUGGCUUGAUAAUGUGUUACUCAAGAUUGAGAUAUCGAUGCGUUGCUUCACAUUUCAGCAACACCCUGUACUUAUCCUCACCCUGCUUGAAAACUGUUUCACUUGCGUUCAGCCUGAUGCAGACUGUUUAGUUUGUACUCUUUUCUGAAUAGAAAAAAACCUCUCCUAGUUGCACCCUGGUGACAGAGCUCUACAAAUAAUUAUAACUAAUUCAUUACUUUUGAGUGUGUUUGAAGUAGCAAAGCUCGUUAAAAAUAAAAACAUGCAGUAGUUGUAGAGUAUUGUCAAAGACACAAAUAAUGGUGAAAUAAUUAGAAACUCUCUGAUUACUUAAAUCCAGCAGAGACUGGGGAUGGCCCCUACCCUAGAUCUUUCUCUGUUUUCUUAGCAUUUGCAGGAGCUUCAAAUUUGUCUUGAGCUCUUGGAAGUUAGACUGAAAAACUAGAUCUUGUACUUUUCUUUGCUUCCCCUCUGCUUUUCCAGCUCAUUGUUUCUGUAUUUUUGUGUUGACCUGAUAAUAAGUCAAAGUUGAAAUAGUCGCCCCCAUUGAGAGGAAAAUCAAGCAAAACUAUCUAAGAGUUUACUUGUUCCUACACUGCAAGCCUCAAUUUCCAAUGGCAGGUUUUUAAUAUCGCACCUUAUUCAUUUCCGCCUUUCAGCUGACAUGUUUGCUCAUGAGGACGGGGGUCCGGAACCAGAGUGGGUCAAGACUGAGAGGGAACAGUUCUCUGAUUUCAGAGACUUGAACAAAGAUGGGAAGAUGGACCAGGAGGAGAUCCGCCACUGGAUUAUGCCGCAAGACUAUGACCACGCCCAGGCCGAGGCCAGACAUCUGGUGUACGAGUCUGACCAGGACAAGGUACUGAAUCAUGAACAACAAGUACAGCUAUGAGACCUUGUUAACAUUAUAAUGAUAGAUCUUGAGGUCAUUUUGUGAACUUUUAAUCUUUAUUUUUUCCUCUUACCUUUUAAAUUUUUCUCGAAGCAAGCUGUUUUAUUGCAAUGUCUCUCUCUCUCUCCACCUGUUCCUCUUGUUUUUGUUUUUUGAGAUAUGCUUUUAGAUUUUUUGGCAAAGAUAGAGAUAUCAUCAGGCGGAACUGUAUUUGUGAGUAGACAGCUUUAUAAACAGUUUAUUUCUAUUGCUUUCCCCUCUCAGGAUCAGAUGCUGACUAAAGAGGAGAUCCUUGAAAACUGGAACAUGUUUGUGGGAAGUCAGGCCACCAACUACGGAGAGGACCUCACCAAGAACCACGACGAGCUCUGAGGUCUGAGGUCUGGGUGCUCUCCAGAUGUGUGUGUGUGUUUGUGUGUGUUUGUGUGUGUUUGUGUGUGUGUGUGUGUGUGUGUGUGUGUGUGUGUGUGUGUGUGUGUGUGUGUGUGAGGAGGACUAUUGAACAACUCCGUCUGAAAAGACAGAUGUACUUCUUCACCACUCCACCCUCUCCUUAUGAAAAUGGGACAGAUGUUACUGUUUGGGAUUGUGUGAACAAACACUGUAGAGAACAAACCAGAGGAUGGAGGAUCGUCUGUUGACCAUUAACCCUACGGGUCCACCUGGGUUCUGUUUCUGACAUUCAGGAGCAAAUCAGGCCAAGUGGACUCAACUUUCCAUCCAUGGUGCCUUCCCGCCGCGUCGCCGGCUCUGCUGCCUCAGAUCUGUGUACAUAGUCUUCAAUAAAAUGAAGCUGAAUGCUGAGCUUUAUGUGGAUAUCCAGAGACAGGACCAGAUUUUAAUAGUGAUCUUAAUGUGAAACAGCGCAGAAAGAACAUUUUAUUCUGAUUUUAUUUAUUUAUCAAGUAUCCUUUGAACUUUGAGAUGAAUUCAUGUAAAAUUAGAUUGUUGUUCUUUAAACAGACACAAGCAAUGGUUCUUUGUUUACAGGUUAUCUUGCCAAAUGAUUUUAAUGUAUUUUUGUUCAACUUUUGUUAGUUAAGUGCUUUAAAAACAAACUGUUUAUUAAAAGAUGUUAAAUGGCAUGGUUUUUGCACGCCUUGGUUUUUUUUGUGCCUGUGAACUUUUUGUUCUUGUUACUUAGUUUGACAUGUAUUUAUUGGUUUACAUGAGAGUUAGCUCCAUCCUUGAUUUUUGUUGACCAUAGCUAAUGUUUUGUUUGAGCUUUACUGAUUAUGACUUUAUUGUUUAAUCUAGUCUUUAUGAAUACUUUAUGGGUUUAAUACAUAGGAUUAAACAAUUUUUUUUUCUUUUUGGUCAACUCUCAAAUGAGGGUUUCUCUGGUAUUGCAUGUACUGACUGAUUUCCACUGCAUUUGACAUUGUAUAUAACAGCUUGGUGUAUCUCUACAUGAAAAAUAAUCCUUGUUUUUCCAGAAUUUUACCCCCUUUUGAUUUUAUUCUGUUACACAUGGGCACAAAUGCAUCAAGAUGUUUCUAUUUCAACACUACAGAUGCUCAUGAACUGUCUCAAAAAAAUAAAGGUUUGUGUAUUUUGUUGAACUCCGAAGUAUCAUUAUUAAACAUUUAGAGCUGUUGUGUGCUUCUCCAAAA